CUGUUGGGCAGCUGUUGGAAAUGAACUGAAGGAGUGUGAGCCGUCAGAGCGGAGUCAGUGCAGCUCAGUCAGUCCGCGGAGAGGACACAUCUGCUCGGUCAAAUACCCUUUAACGCACCGGGGAACUACCUGGAAACGCAACUGUUGGCACUGUGACAACAAGGAACCAGCCGUUUCCCUCUCUAAAUCCUGCUGGAAUAUUCUGCUUGAUUUUUGCCAACACAAUUUGAAAUUACUAGUUAAAACCCGGAGUGCAUCUCUCCAGCAGAAUGAAAGGAUUUAUUCUUGUGGCGCUUCUUGUCGCCACCGUCUCAGCGACCAAGUUAAACAUACCGCGACUGAGACUGUCAUACAAAGACCUGCUGUCCACCAACAGGUCAUCUAUCUUCAGCGGUCACCACGGCCAGCUCUCUCUUACCUCCGUCUUCCUCGAUGAGUACCGGGACCGCCUCUUCCUCGGAGGGAAAGAUAUCCUGUACUCUCUCCUGCUGGGACCCACCAGCAGCGAGUCCAAAGAGAUUUACUGGCCCCCGUUACCCGGCAAUAGAGAGGAAUGCAUUCAGACGAGGGGAAAGGAACCGCAGACCGAGUGUGCCAACUUUGUUCGCCUUCUGCAGCCCUACAACCGCACCCACCUCCUGGCCUGUGGCACCGGGGCCUUCCAGCCCAUGUGUGCCUUCAUCAACGUGGGGCACAGAGGAGAGCAUGUGUUCGCCAUGGAUCCUACGAAUGUGGAGAAUGGACGAGGGAAGGUUCCACAUGACCCCAGUUACCCCUUCGCUAGCACCUUCAGUGGUGGGGAGCUGUAUACUGGACUGACGGCAGACUUUCUGGGUAGGGACUCUGUGAUCUUCAGGAGUAUGGGAGGUCGCUCCACCAUGAGGACAGAGACUGACCAGAAACUUCUCCACGACCCUAAGUUCAUCGCUGCGCACCUCAUCCCAGACAAUGAUGACAGAGACAACGACAAAGUGUAUUUCUUCUUCACUGAGAAGGCCACGGACGCAGGGGACAGGGAGGGGGCCAUACACACACGUAUUGGACGAGUGUGUGCGAACGAUGUUGGAGGUCAGAGAGUGCUAGUGAACAAGUGGAGUACCUUCGUAAAAGCCAGACUGGUCUGCUCUGUCCCGGGACCUCACGGCAUCGACACACACUUCAACCAGCUGGAGGAUGUUUUCUUGCUGAGGACCAAGGAUGAGAGGAACCCAGAUAUAUAUGCCAUCUUCAGCACCAUCAGUAAUGUAUUCCAGGGGUUUGCUGUGUGUGUGUACCGAAUGGCUGACAUCAGAGAGGCCUUCAACGGACCCUUUGCCCAUAAAGAGGGCCCUGACUAUCAGUGGGGGGCCUAUGAAGGCAGGGUCCCUUAUCCAAGACCAGGCGUGUGCCCUAGUAAAAUCACCAACCAGCCAGGCAGAGAGUUUGGCAGCACGAAGGACUUCCCUGAUUCAGUGCUGCAGUUUGCCCGCAGCCACCCAUUGAUGUGGCGGCCGGUGUUUCCCGCUCUGCGUCAGCCUGUGCUCGUAAAGGCCAACUUGCCUUACAAGCUGAAACAAAUCGUGGUUGACCGGGUCGAGGCGGAGGACGGGCAGUAUGACGUAAUGUUCAUUGGCACAGACGUUGGCACAGUAUUAAAAGUCAUUGCCCUACACAGUGGGAACAGCCUGGAGACAGAGGAGGUCACACUGGAGGAGCUACAAGUCUUUAAAGUGCCAACUCCAAUAACAUCGAUGGACAUAUCCGUGAAAAGGCAAGCCCUGUAUGUGGGCUCCCCAGCAGGCGUAGCACAGGUGAAGCUGCACCGCUGUGAGACUUAUGGGAAUGCCUGUGCCGAGUGCUGCCUGGCCAGAGACCCUUACUGCGCCUGGGACGGAUCAGUGUGUGCUCGCUACACGUCCAACAGCAAACGGCGCUACCGCAGACAGGACAUCAGGCACGGAAACCCUGUGCUGCAGUGUGUGGAUCAGAAUCUGAGUGAAGACCUUGACGUGACAGAAGACAGAGUGGUGUAUGGGACCGAGAACAACAGCACCUUCCUGGAGUGUGUUCCUCGCUCUCCACAGGCCACAGUUAGCUGGCUUGUCCAACGUGAUGACCGCAAGGAGGAGGUAAAGCUGGAUGACCGUGUGAUGUCUACAGAGCAGGGCCUCCUGUUUCGUCGCCUCUCCCGCCAGGAUGAAGGCGUGUACAUCUGCCGCUCCACAGAGCACGGCUUCACACAGACCCUGGCCCGCCUAAGCCUCGAAGUCCUCCAGGGGGACACCGUGGAUGAGCUCAUGGCACGAGACAAUGCCGGCCUCUCUGAUGCGUACAAAGACCGGUCCACAGGAAGCUACCGAGCAUGGAUGCCUUGUAGCACAUACAGCAGGGGCGGCUCAUCAAGCCAAAUCGGCCAAUCGCGUACAUGGUUCAAGGAUAUCAUGCAGCUGAUUGGGCCGUCCAACCUGCCCCACGUUGAGGAGUACUGUGAGAGGAUGUGGUGCAACGACAAGCUGAGGAGGAAACACAAAAGCAUGCUGGAGAAAAACCGCCAAGCGCAGGAGAGCGCCAGGAAGGCUCGUAGCAAGAGCUCCGGCGAACGCAACCGGACGCCGAGGGACCUUAGCGCAUGGGAGGAGUAACUGAAAGAAAGUGAGCGGGGCAUAAAGUAGGAGAAAAUGAAAGACAAAAAAAGGGACAAAGAUUGCAGCAAAGGACAGGAUAAUACGGGCAGCAAAGAGGCCAGCAUCAACUCCUAUUUGUGGAAACUCUAGCACUGAGAUUUGUAUUGUAACGACUCGGAAGUGUUUGGUUUUCUGGAAUGAUGGCACAAAAAAAGACUGUUACUGAACAGGUUGUUAUUGUGAAGAGGAGUGGCUGUUUUUUUUUAAAUCUUGAUAUCCAUGCACUUCUCCUGCUUUCACAAGUUUGCCCUUGUAUACUUUCACGCUUUGAAAUGACAGCUUUCAUUUUAUCAAGUCAAAUAAGACCUUCGCAAAGACAGACAACGCAUGCCUUUGGAGCAACUCAUUGAUGAUUUGUGUUAGAUCUUGGCAAAGUGCUUCAAAAGAGAGGAACAUUUACAUACUUUGCAUGCUUGGAGUAUAGCAAGCCUGUCAAGGUCAGCUCUGAGACACAGACACAUACACUUAUUUUCCAUUUGUUGUUUUCGCAUUUCUCACAAGGCAAUCACUGGAUUCAUCUCUUUCUCAAUUGGUAUUUAAGUGACCACGUUUCUUACCCUGCUCUGCACUUGGCUUUUUAAAAAUGAAAUAUUCAUGUGUGACUUCAGCCAAGAAAUAACUUGGUUUGCAGUGUAUUAGUUGCAGCUAAUGCUCCCAGGGUAAGACAUCUGCCGCCUUUUAAAUGCAAUGUAUGCUAUGGCUCGACUUGCUUUGACUGUUAUUUUUUAUUGUGGCAAAAGUUGUGGAUAGCACCUGGUACUGUUUUUGGUUGCGCCUUGGUUGAGGGUCCAAGUGAACUGAACCACUAUUAGAAGGUGAAGUUAAAACAUUGGGAAGAGUCAUUAGUUUGGUUUCAUUUAAAAAUGUGUUCCUUUUCCUGUUUGGUUGCCAAUUGAUCCAGCAAGAGUGGAACAAAGCACUAUUUCGCGUUGAAAAAGAGGUUGCGAUCAUUUGAGGAACAGACAAUUGAGAAAAGCAUCCAUUACCAAAAAUGAGUCAAGUCGAGCCAAACCAUGCAGUUAAAAUUAGGCAUUUCUGUAUCUGAUCUCUCCACUGUACUGUACAUGCACACACACACACACACACACACACACACACACACACACACACACACACACACACACACACACACACACACACACACACACACACACACACAAACACACUCUUACAUAAACGGAAAGCCCACUCACCCAUCACACUGAAUGCAUAAGCUCAACUAGCUCAAACUGGAAGCAUGAGACGACUGUUGAUGGUUCAACAGAUUAAAGGCACAUUGCUUUAUUUUUAGUGUUGUGGGUUGAACUUUCCAUUAAAACCAGCUACAGAUCAAGAUUCCUCCCACACGACCCUUAAAGGGAUAUUUCACAGCGGUAUACUUUCACGCUUUUGGGCACAUACCAUAACACCUCCUAGAAUGUACCUAAUGGCCACAGUCGAUCGCUGAUAGUUGCUUCCCUGGGAUUACGUAUAGAUUGAAUCAAUGAUACUCAAUUGGGAUACAAAACACCAAUUUAGAGUGCACAUGUUAUUGUUCAAAAUGUUAUGUCUUGAGUAAGUGUCAUUUUCAAAUAUCUUUUUCAAAAGACGGACCUCUUUGUCCUAGCCUCACCUCACACUUCCAUCAUCCCCUAAACUAAUUUCCCCACAGUUCCUCUGUAUACUGUAGCUCGCUACUGACAAAAGAGGGAACAAAUGAAGGGGUCAGCUCUAAUGGCUGAGUCCUCUUGUGCUUUCUGCUUUGUAAACACUGGUUUUAUGACGGUUCAUGGUUUGAACACAUGAUACUCCACAUUGUUAUUCACUUCAGGUUUUGUUGUUAAAAUAUACUGUAACUUUGAUCGUAAUUGGAAAACAAGGUGUUCUUUCACAAGGGACAGGGCCAUGGAGUUAGGGUUAGGGUUAGCAUGGAAUCAACUCUAAUUUGUAAAGAGAGAGAGGAGAACAUGUAAGACAGGUCGCAAGGUUAUAAGAUAAAUGCCAAGCUUCAAUUUCAGUAAGGGUUGUGUGUAGAAGACUAUCACCCAUGUAACAAUUAUAAUAUAUUAAUGGCGGCUUUGCAGGUGCAUCACACAUUGAGCAGCCCCUCCUGGCCGCAUCAAUGAGGGCGAGUGGAGAGUUGUGAGAAUGAUAGGUUGGAUAUAGUUCACAGAACAAACAAAGUGUGUCUGUAAUAUGUCUUUGGUUCAAAGUUGCCAGAUGAUACCUUGGAACUUUGUCCCAAUACAAGUUGAUGUACGUAAGCAAUCAAAGCUGAUAUUAUCCACAUUUAUACUUUGAUUAAUCAAAUGUUGGCUGUCAAGCGGUGAAGUAAGCAGUUUCAAGUAUGAACUGGAUAAACGUAAGCAUUCUUAAAGGAUCUAUUUAAAGACAUAUAACGAAACACAAACAGAUGUUCACAAAAAGCUCAGAAGAAUGAAGGACCUACACCAAUAUGUCCGCUGGAGGGUAAAGUCCCUGUAAUGUGUACAUAUUAAAGAUUGCAUAGAUAUCCUGGGAGCCCUCUCACUGUUUAAAAUUAUCCAGGAAACAACAUUAACACCAGUGAACUCGGUGACCCUUUGUAACCUUCAUGGCGUGUGAAUGGCUCCUGAGAGACAAAUAAAAGGGAGAGUCGGUAAUUGAAAAGAACAAAGAGGAGAGAUCUUCAAAAAGUAAGGUACUUUGAGCAACUUGUGAAGGCAUUAUUUGCCUUUAUAAAAUACUAUUACCUUUUUAAAGCCUGUUUUUCAUCAGUAUAAAGUGAGUAUUUAAGAACAAAAUCCCCAGUUUGUACAGCACUCUUAAACACACAUUUUACUCUAGCAAAGUUUAUUUUCCUAGUUAGAGGAUUGGGAGACCGGCUAUUAGAGUCCACUUAUGGUGUUUCCUUUAAAAAUAUUGCUUUUGAUGUAUAUCUAUACCGGGAGGGAAAGUGAUAGAGGGACAGGAGCAUGGUUUGCACGGAACCAAGAGACAGUUAGCACGGUAAAAAGAGAUACAAAUGUGUUUUAUGUUGUAGAUAACCUUCUUGAAAGUUUGUUUUCUAAUAAAAUUGUCACUUAAGUUUAGAUCUUAGUCUUGUCAUGAUUUUGGUGAAAAGAGCUACACAAUUAUUUUGUCUGUUCUGCUCUUGUCUAUAAAAAAUAUGUUUUUGAUGUGGUGGCAUCAUUGUGACGACCCCUGCUUUACUCCUCCCUGUUGUGUGUGUGGGAGGGGGGGUGUACCUUUACCUCACGUGGGCCCAUGUUGACUCUGCAUUACUGUCAUCAGGAAUUGAAAACAGUUUAAGGUAUUACUUGUGUUACUAUGAUUGCAAACUAAAUGUCCAAUUGUAUAAAAAUACAAUACAUUUUCAGCAAAUGACAUGAAGGAACCACCAAAAUAAAGGCAACACCACUUUUGCUGCAAAGUGAUUUGAUAGUUAAAGUGACAUCAUACUAAAGGUUCAUUAGUAUUUAUGUUUUCUUGCGAGGUAUGGCAUGUUUAGUUGCUGACCAAAAACAACUGGUCUAUGUUUAAAACACCCAUUGUAAAUCCUUCAAAUAUAUUAGUUGUUGUACAAUUGUACAAAGUUUGAUGUGGUAUUUAAUCUCAAACAUGUUUUUUAAACUCUUGAACUGUCCAACCAUCUAUCUAGUUCAGUGUAGUUUAAUACUUUUUAAAUAUCAUUUCAAACACAAAACUUGCAGCACCUUUUACUUUUUAAAUAUUCAACUGUUGUAUUUUACAGUGUUGUAGAGAGAACACUUGAUGGGUUUAUAAUUUGACAAAAACUCUACUAUGGUCAAUACAUUGUGAUAAGUGGUAAACCUGGAGCAGGGUUUCGCACCUGUCAAACUUCACCAGGUGAUUUCACUCAUUUCUGAUUGUCUGCACUUCGCUACAUGAAGUAGAUAAAUAUAUUUGGUCUGGUUCGCUUUGUGAAAGCAGUUACUGCAGAAAACACAUUUAGGAAAUACAUCUUAUCUAUCUCAGGACUAUGACAUCCAAGAACUUGGAGGGUCAGCUGUCCAAUAGGCACAAUAAAGCCAUCAUGAACUCAACACAUGGGUUUCCUACUUACUGACCACACAGGCAACAACACUCUCUGUGUCCCUUUUAUUGUACUGUAAAAUUGUGCUGGUUUUGGGAUCUAUGACUUUGAAUCAAUAUCUAUGUACUUGUAUGCUUUUUAACAGCAUUAAAAGUUGAUUUUCUAACAGAAAGUUA